AUGAUAUUUUCAAACACAUUAAUCCUACUUAUCUUAAUCUCAACGUUACUAGUUCCAAACUUUGGACAAUUAUAUGAUCCAAAAGAUCCAGAAAGUGGUUAUAUACCAGAAGAUAUUGGAAAAAUCAAAGGUCUAAAGGAUAAGAAUGCAUUAUUUGACAUUCACGCAAAAUGGGAAGAAAAUGAAAUGUAUUGUAUCGAUAUCCAAACACCACCACCUUUCUCUAUAUUAGUUCCAUAUUAUAACGUAUAUAUUCGUUGGUCAAAAUCAGCGGAUUGUAACCCGAAUGCACCAUUAACAAAUUUUCAAAUAACAUUACAUAAUGAUCCAAAACCAGCUGGAACUAGAGUUUCACCAAAGGUUAAAUCAGAAUGGUCACAACAGAUAGCUGCAGACGUUCCGAGAAUGGAAUUUUUAUGGAAGGUACCAUUAAUUUCGGAAGAUACGGUCAAGAAUAUGUCAUUAUUUUAUAUAAAAGUGGAAACAGAAGGGAUUAUUAAUAGUGGAGUAUAUAUAGUUUUUGGAGUCACCGGACCAUUUACAAUUUGGAAAUCACCGGAUACUGUUAAUAAAACUUUAUAUGGACCACCACCGGCAAAGGAUGGUAGUAAGAAUGAAACUAAACCGAAUUUCGUGUCACUGGGAAAUGUGAAUACUUUAAGGUAUAUUGCAUUGGAAGAUACGUUAUUUAAUGUGGCAGCUCUUUUGUCUAUAAUUAUGGCUGCAGUCGCAUUAUUUUUGUUAUAA